UCGCUCUGUGAUUGGCUGGUCGGGGCACUCAGAGCGAUGGCGGCUGCUGUGGAGGAGUCCGCGCCGAAGCGGCUGAAGCAGGACACCUGCGGCGGGGCUGGAGGGGAUGACGGCGACGGGGAAACUAAUGGUGGUCCCGCUAUCCUCAGCCCGGUAUCCGGCUUUAAAACGGAGCGGGUUCUGCGGGACUCUGCGCGGGACAAGACCGUGUUCGUCCACGGAAAGAUGGAUGAACAGGAGGCCGUUAUCAUUCUGGAGAAAACGCCAAUCAGGCAAGACACGCUGGAAGAAAUGCUGAAGACCAGUACAGUCAAGCUGGAGAUGAAGAAUGACAUCUACAGCACCUACCAGCUCCAAGCGCCCCCUCAUUUGAACGAAAUCAAAACCACUGUGAUCUGCCCAGCAACAGAGAAGCAUGUAAAGAAAUAUCUGCACCAGGAGACAUUUUUGAUCGAAGAAUCCGGGGACGACUACAGUGCCAUCACUCUUCCUUACAUCAGCAGCCAAAGCUUCAGUGUCCAGUGGGUGUACAACAUCUUGGAAAAGAAAGCUGAGGCUGAUAGGAUCGUUUUUGAAGAUCCAGACCCGAAUGUGGGUUUUGUCCUGCUGCCAGAUUUCAAAUGGAACCAGAAGCAGCUUGAUGACUUGUAUCUGAUAGCCAUUGUGCAUCGACGGGGCAUAAAGAGUUUGAGGGAUCUCACAUCAGACGACCUCCCGUUACUGAGAAACAUCCAGAAAAAGGGGCUGGAGGCCGUUCAGAAGCACUACAGCAUCCCUCCAUCAAAACUGCGAGUGUAUUUGCACUACCAGCCGUCCUAUUACCACCUCCACGUGCACAUCACCUCGCUGGACUACGAAGCUCCUGGCUGUGGGGUGGAGAGAGCCCACCUGCUGUCCGACGUCAUCCAGAACCUGCAGGCUGACUCUCGUUACUACCGUAGCCGCACAAUCACCUUCCCCCUGCGGGCCGACGACGCGUUGCUGCUCAAGUUCAGAGAAGCUGGCAAACUCUAGAGAGAGCUGGACUCUGUACACGCCUGCCCAGCUGGUAAGGGUGGACUGAUGUCAGUGCAGUAUUGCAAAAUGAAAGAAUCUAACAGUCGGUUCAGUGUGUGGGCACUUUUGAAAUAAAGUGUAUUUUUCAAAGCCAAA